CUUAGAAAGGAAGGUCGUUGGUGGUGAGGGGAGAAGAGGAUGAUCUAAGUGAUGGACGAUUCCAAACCGAAUCCGGUAGGUUCCUCCUAGGCCGCCAUGAGUCAGCCACCGACCGGGGGCGCUGCCCCUGCCGCAGGCGCAGCCACGGAGGCUCGCCUGCACCCGGAGGGCAGCAGCAGAAAGCAACAGCGAGCUCAAUCACCUGCCAGACCCAGGGACAACUCGCUUCGACAGACAGCCACGGCCACCAGAUCCCCGGUGGGAGCCGGCACGAAGCUCAAUUCUGUCCGGCAGCAGCAGCAGCAGCAGCAUCAGGGUAACAAGACUGGGAGCCGCGCUGCGCCGGGGCCCGGCGCCCGUGUAGGCGGAGGCGGGACCGAGAGGGCGGCGCCCCUGGCGCCCAAAGGGGCCGUCCCGGGAGCUGUCCACCCCGUGGCUGGUGCUGAAGCGGCCCCCGCGGCGACCCUGGCCCUUGUGGGCGGCCGGAGGCCCGGGCCACCGGACGAGCAGCCUCGGGAGCCGGAGUCAGUGACCUCGAAAAUCGGGGAACCCCCUCCGCCCGGGGACGGAGGAGGAGGAGGAGGAGGGGGCGGAGAAGGAGGAGGAGCCGGCGGCGGCUCCGGGGAACGGGAGGGGGGCGCUCCGCAGCAGCCGCCGCCGCCCAGGGGCUGGCGAGGGAAGGGCGUCCGCGCGCAGCAGAGGGGCGGCAGCGGCGGGGAGGGGGCUUCCCCUUCGCCAUCCUCCUAUUCUGCGGGCAAAACUCCGGGCCUGGGCAGCAGAAACUCCGGGAACGGCGUCGUGGGCAGCGGCGGCGGGGGCUACUGGAAGGAAGGAUGUCUGCAGUCUGAGCUCAUCCAGUUCCAUCUCAAGAAGGAGCGGGCGGCGGCCGCGGCGGCCGCGGCUCAGAUGCACACGAAGAACGGCGGCGGCAACAGCAGCCGCAGCUCCCCGGUCGCCGGCGGGCCAGCCCUUUGCGAAGCCCUCGGCGUCCCCUCCGCCUCCCCAAUGGCGGCAGCGGCCGAGGGUCCCCAGCAGAGCGCAGAGGGCAGCGCGAGCGGCGGCGGCGGCAUGCAGGCCACGGCGCCCCCUUCGUCGCAGCCGCACCCGCUGCAGCUCCAGGAGCAGGAGGAAAUGCAGGAGGAGAUGGAGAAGCUCCGGGAGGAGAACGAGACUCUCAAGAACGAGAUCCAUGAGCUGAGAACCGAGAUGGACGAGAUGAGGGAUACUUUCUUCGAGGAGGAUGCCUGUCAACUGCAGGAAAUGCGCCACGAGUUGGAGAGGGCCAACAAAAACUGCCGGAUCCUGCAGUACCGCCUCCGCAAAGCCGAACGCAAAAGACUCCGCUAUGCACAGACUGGGGAAAUCGACGGGGAGCUGUUGCGCAGCCUGGAGCAGGACCUCAAGGUUGCAAAAGAUGUAUCCGUGAGACUUCACCAUGAAUUGGAAAAUGUGGAAGAAAAGCGAACAACAACAGAAGAUGAAAAUGAGAAACUAAGGCAACAGCUAAUAGAAGUUGAAAUUGCAAAGCAAGCGUUACAGAAUGAACUGGAAAAAAUGAAAGAGUUAUCUUUAAAAAGAAGAGGAAGCAAAGAUUUGCCAAAAUCUGAAAAAAGAGCUCAGCAGACUCCUCCAGAGGAGGACAAUGAAGACCUGAAAUGCCAGCUGCAGUUCGUUAAGGAAGAAGCUGCUUUGAUGAGGAAGAAAAUGGCCAAGAUCGACAAAGAAAAGGACAGAUUCGAACACGAGCUCCAGAAAUACAGAUCCUUUUACGGGGAUUUGGACAGCCCUUUGCCCAAAGGAGAAGCAGGGGGUCCUCCCAGCACCAGGGAGGCGGAGCUCAAACUGCGGCUGAGGCUGGUGGAGGAAGAAGCCAACAUCCUGGGCAGGAAGAUCGUGGAGCUGGAAGUGGAGAACAGGGGCCUGAAGGCAGAGCUGGACGACCUGAGGGGCGAUGACUUCAAUGGCUCUGCCAACCCGCUCAUGAGGGAGCAGAGCGAGUCCUUGUCGGAGCUGCGGCAGCACCUGCAGCUGGUAGAAGACGAAACUGAGCUGCUGCGCAGGAACGUGGCCGACCUGGAGGAGCAGAACAAGCGCAUCACGGCGGAGCUCAACAAGUACAAGUACAAGUCGGGCGCCCACGAGAGUGCCCGCCACCACGACAGCGCCAAAACCGAGGCCCUGCAGGAGGAGCUGAAGGCGGCGCGCCUGCAGAUCAACGAGCUCAGCGGCAAGGUCAUGCAGCUGCAGUACGAGAACCGCGUGCUCAUGUCUAACAUGCAGCGCUACGACUUGGCUUCGCACCUGGGCAUCCGCGGCAGCCCGCGUGACAGCGAUGCCGAGAGCGACGCCGGCAAGAAGGAGAGCGACGACGACUCGCGGCCACCGCACCGCAAGCGCGAAGGGCCCAUCGGCGGCGAGAGCGACUCGGAGGAGGUGCGCAACAUCCGCUGCCUCACGCCCACCCGCUCGUUCUAUCCGACGCCCGGACCCUGGCCUAAGAGCUUCUCUGACCGGCAGCAGAUGAAGGACAUCCGCUCGGAGGCCGAGCGCCUGGGCAAGACCAUCGACCGCCUCAUCGCCGACACGAGCACCAUCAUCACCGAGGCGCGCAUCUACGUGGCCAACGGGGACCUGUUUGGACUGAUGGACGAGGAGGACGACGGCAGCCGCAUCCGCGAGCACGAGUUGCUGUACCGCAUCAACGCACAGAUGAAGGCCUUCCGCAAGGAGCUGCAGACUUUCAUCGACCGCCUGGAGGUGCCCAAGUCUGCGGACGACCGCGGCUCCGAGGAACCCAUAUCCGUGAGUCAGAUGUUCCAGCCUAUCAUUUUACUUAUUCUCAUUCUUGUAUUAUUUUCAUCACUUUCUUACACAACAAUAUUUAAACUUGUCUUCCUUUUUACACUAUUUUUUGUACUGUAAAUCUUUCAUCAUUUGUCAUUCAUUGUAGUAUUUUCAGUUUGUUUAUUUUGUUCACCCUUCAAGAAAAGAAACAGAAUUUCUGUAGUAACCAAUGCUCUAAAAACACUGAAGACUGCUUAUUUCUUUAAAAAGAUCCAACUUAUCAUCCCACUACAAAUUCAAUCAGAAGCUCUGGG